UUAAAAUAGGCAACCCAUUCGCGUAUGCAAAGUAAUGGCAAACAGCAAAACAGGAAAAACCUCAACCAACCAAAACAACCCCGCUAGAUUACAAAUCACAAAGACAUAAAUUUCACCACCCGCAUUCACCGCUCCCUUGUAAUAACAUGAACCCAAAACGCUAAAAAAAUCAAUCAUGUUUCCUCUUUCGUAGUUACAAAUUUCUCACUGUUUUGAGUUUUACUCAGUCACUUCGAAAGACCCCACUUCAAAGGAAUAAAACCCAGACUGUCAAAGCGGUUUCUUUUCCUCAAUCUCUCUAUUUUAAGGUAAGGGCUCUUGCAAAUCUUUUGUUUUGGGUGUUUCUUGUGAUCUGGGUUGUUUUGAUUUUGGGUCUUUUUUUCGAUGCCAUACAAUUGUGUGUUUCAUGAAUUUGAAUUUACGCUUAUAGAGAAAAUUGGGGUUUUUAUUGGUUUAUUUGUAUAUAUUAUACCAAAUGAUGAUACCAAAAAGAAAGAAAUGGACCGAGGCUGAAGAAAAAACCCUAAUUGAUAAAUAUGGUGAGAUGGUGGCUGAUGGGACUCUUGCGAAAAUGAAAACGAGGGAAAAGAAAUAUAAGCCUAUUGCUUAUUAUGUGAAUACUAUGCAUCAUUGGCGUGAUUCUAUUGCAUAUCCAUGGCAAUGGUCAUGGAAGGAUGUGUCUACUAAGGUGCAAAAUAUGAGGCACCAAUAUUUGCUUGUUAAACAAAAGAUUAAGAAACCUGAUGCUGAUAAUCCGGUGGGUGGGGAAUGUAAUGGGGAUGAUGACUUUGACUGGUUAGAAGGGCUUACACAUUGGUCGAAUUUUUUGCGGUACAAGGAGGUAUUUGGGGAUGUGGCAGUUUCAUAUAAUAGUAAUAAUAACAAUAAUAGUAACAAUAGUAGUGAUAUUAUGGCGAUUGCGACUGAGGAAAGGGAAAAUGGAGGAGGAUUCGUUGGACGUAGGGGGAUGGAUCUUGCGGAGUUUGGACAAAUAGGUCAAUCUGGGGAUGGCGAUUUUGUGGGAAUUGAUGGGGGAGAGAAUGGGGUGUUAGGUUUGGGAUUUGAGUAUGAUGGUGAAGAAGGAGAGGGGAAUUAUAAUGGUAAUGAUCAAGUGAGGGAGGAGGUAGAUGAUGGUUUGUUGUAUGAAGAAGUGGAGCCAAAUGGGUCUAAUUUGAAGAAGAAAAGGAAAGUGUUGAAGGGGUUGGAGAAAAAGGCAUUUGGGUUUCUUAUGAACCAGUUGGGGCAAUUAAGGGAAUUGGAGUCUCGGUUUGAGCAACGUGAGGCCGUGAGAGAGCGUGAGAGGCAGAGAAAGGAGAAUGUUCAACUGGAGCUUGAGAAAGAAAGGGAAAGGAAGUUGGAAGAAAGAGAAAAAGAGAGGGAAGAAAGAGAGAAGGCUAGAGAAAAGCUGAGAAGGCAGAGAAUUUGUGAGUGGGAAGCUAUGGAAAAGGAAAGUGAAGAGAAAGAAAGAAGAAGAAAAGAAGAGGAGUCGAUACAAGAGAGGGAAUGGGAGGAGAGGAUGAAUAGAAGGAGGUCCGAAUGGAAGAAGAGGAUGGAUGAAAUGCUAAAUCAGCACAGAGCUGAAAUGAGCCAGAUGCAGAACCGUAUUCUUCACGAGCAACAAAAUCUUACUAGCCAGUUGCUUGGAAUUGUCUCUCAAUGGACUGGUCAUCCAGCAGGGCUUUCAGACCAUACUGGUGCCAGCAACCAUUAUCUUUCACAAAUGAUGCAAAAUUUGCACCAUGUGAAUGGUAUGGUUCAUGGAGAUGGAAGGGUUGACGGAGACAAUCAAGAUGACCAAUUUAUUGUUGAUGGAUGAUAUCUUUUCUGCAACAUCAACUCCUUGGACAUGCGAAUAACUGGAGGUUGUGCAACAAUGUUUGCUGCAAUGGAAAGGGUAGAAGGUCAGGCAUUGUUAAUUGCAUAUGGUCAAGUUCUUCAGCUACAUUUGCUUGCAUACCAAUCUAUUUAGUUCGAAACCUAGUUAAUAAGGGAUAUAAGAUUCUCUGUUUUGGUUUUGUCUUCUUCUCCUCAUCUUGUUGUAACUAUAUUUGUUAAAUAUAAAUGAAAUCCUAUUCUGAAUUGUAAUUAUUUUUGUUC